AUCCUCUUUUGAGUUGGUUUCCUCUACGCAAAGGAAUUAUUUGUUUUUUUCUUUUAAAAUACUCCCAAAGUCUCUUCUUUUAUUGUUCUACCCCAUUUGCAAACUUAUCAGGACCCUUUCCUUUCCUUUCCCUUUGAUCUGCAUUACCCCUUUUUCACUUUCACAUUUGAUUUUUGUUAAUCCUUAUACCCUUUUUCUUUGCCUCUUCAUUUCAUCUGUUACUAUCAAGUUUCUGCCGACAAUAUAAGAGAAAAGGGGGUUUAUUUCUUGUGAUUCAUCAGAGACUUUCCUUUUUAUACCUUUUGUUAUUCUCCUUUCACUUCAAUCAUAUAUGGGCUGAGGUGCACAUUUCAUGGGAGGUGUAGGGGACAAUGAACCAGCCUCAAAACGCAUGAAACUAUCCUCUGAAGAAUUGAGACAUCUUUCAAACGGUUCAACUCUUAAAGAGCCUAUAGUUGGGUCUUCAAGAAACUUGAUGGCUCAGCCCCUGCAGUCUGAAGGGGGCGAAGAAGUCGUUGGCUCAAAAGGAAUUAUAAAGAAAGUAGAAUUUGUACGAAUAAUAGCGAAAGCAUUGUACUCACUUGGUUAUAUAAAGAGUGGUGCUCAUCUAGAGGAAGAAUCAGGGAUAGCGUUGCAUUCUUCUCUUGUUAAUGUAUUUAUGAAGCAAAUUCUCGAAGGAGAUUGGGAUGGAAGUGUUGUCACAUUGAACAAUAUUGGUCUGACAGAUGAAAUGACCUUAAAAUCAGCAUGUUUUCUGAUAUUGGAACAGAAGUUUUUUGAAUUUUUGGAUGAAGAAAAAGUCAUGGAUGCUCUGAAGACGCUGAGAACUGAGAUAUCACCUCUUUGUAUCAAUGAUAGUAGAGUUCGUGAGCUUUCUUUGUUCAUUGUGUCACCCUCUCGCUGUUUUUCUAUUCGGUCUCCAAAACAAGAUACUUCGAGAGCAAGAUCCCGGACUAAGUUAUUGGAAAAAUUACAGAAGCUGCUUCCUCCAACAGAUAUAGUUCCUGAACGAAGGUUAGAGCAUUUAGUUGAACAGGCCCUUGUCUUGCAAAGAGAUGCUUGCAUGUUCCACAACUCUUUGUAUAAGGAAAUGUCUCUGUAUGCUGACCAUCAGUGUGCUAGAGAUCAAAUUCCUUCUUAUGCAUUGCAGAUACUACAGGCUCACACUGAUGAAAUAUGGUCCUUGCAAUUUUCACAUAAUGGGAAGUACUUGGCUUCAUCAUCAAAUGAUUGCUCAACAAUCAUUUGGGAGGUUGAUGCUAAUGGAGUAUCUUUAAAACAUAAACUCUCUGGUCACCAGAAGCCUAUCUCUUCUGUUUCAUGGAGUCCUAAUGACCACCAGCUUCUCACUUGUGGUGUAGAGGAGGUUGUAAGGCGGUGGGACGUCUCUUCUGGUGAGUGCCUCCAUGUUUACAAAAAAGCUGGUCUUGGCAUGGUUUCAUGUGGAUGGUCUCCUGAUGGCAAAUGGAUAUUUUCUGGAGUUAAUGAUAAGAGUAUCAGCAUGUGGGAAUUGGAUGGGAAAGAGCUAGAAUGCUGGAAAGGGCAACGCACUCUAAAAAUUUCCGAUUUGGAAAUAACAAGUGAUGGAAAGCAGAUUAUAAGUAUAUGUAGGGAAACAGAAAUAUUAUUACUUGACAGGGAAGCAAAAGUUGAGAGAUUUAUUGAGGAGGAUGAAACAAUAACUUCAUUCUCAUUAUCAAGAGACAAUAGAUUCUUACUUGUUAAUCUUUUGAACCAAGAAAUUCAUCUAUGGAGUAUAGAAGGUGAUCCGAAGCUCGUUUCUAAAUAUAGAGGUCAUAAACGCACCCGUUUCAUCAUUCGGUCUUGUUUUGGUGGACUUGAGGAAGCUUAUAUUGCCAGCGGUAGCGAGGACUCACUGGUCUAUAUUUGGCAUAGGGGCACCGGAGAGCUUAUAGAAGCAUUACCAGGUCAUUCUGGAGCUGUUAAUUGUGUCAGCUGGAAUCCAGCAAACCCUCACAUGUUGGCAUCAGCCAGCGACGAUCGUACGAUCCGGAUAUGGGGCUUGAAUAAUCUAAGCGCUAAGCAGAAAGACACUCAUGGUAAUGGCAUCCAUCGUUGCAAUGGAAGUACCUGAGAUUGACUGCUUUGGAUCUCCAACCUUUCAUGCCUGAUAAUUGGUUUCAUGUAAAUACUUGACCUUGUUGAAUGCCGACAUUCAUAUCGAAAAAGAUUGUUAACAGCGCCGGAACUUUCCAAUAAUAAAUUUGCUAUCUCUCUUUUUUUUA